AGGCGCUCAUGUUGUUGACACGGAGUCGCGAUGGAAGCUAAAAUGACUUUUUAGCGUCUCGCCUCUCAGUCCACAUUACUUCUUCCCUCGACAUUGUCGGCUCGGAGACUUCCAGCCGGCGAACCGCAUCGGUUGGCCCGCAUGCUUCUCGCCGGCCCGAGCUUCAUUCACGCAAGAAAAUGACCGGAGAGAAGCUGCGAUCCGCGCGGAAAGACCAGAGGCCGAGUCCGGACGAUGACUUGCUGGAGCCGGACGACGACGACGAGGAGGCGGCGGCGGCGGCCAGUGCGAUGUUCGCCGCCAACAAGAGCAACAAGAGCAGGGCGAGUCGACUCUUCAGCAAGCACAAGUUAGUCAAGUGCGCCGACAACAGCAACACCUGCGGGGGGACCGCGUCUCACGUCCUGGACGACGACAACAAGAACCCCGUGCUCGUUCCACGCGGACUCCACUUCCCCGUCCACGAGUGCGUGUUUCGAGGCGACGUCAGGCUGCUUUCCUCGCUCAUUCGGACACAAAACAUCGCCCAGAAAGACGUCCAUGGAAACACGCCGCUGCAUCUGGCUGUCAUGACAGGUCACAAAGAAUGUGCCCAUCUGCUGCUGGCCCACAAUGCACCAGUGAAGGUGAAGAAUGCUCAGGGAUGGAGCCCCCUGGCAGAGGCCAUCAGUUACGGAGACAGACAAAUGAUAACGGCGCUGCUGAGGAAGUUAAAGCAACAGUCCAGGGAGAGUGUGGAGGAGAAGAGGCCCAAGUUACUAACUGCACUGAAAGAGCUUGGAGACUUUUACUUGGAGCUUCACUGGGACUUCCAGAGUUGGGUGCCUCUACUCUCCAGGAUUCUGCCUUCUGAUGCCUGCAAGAUCUCCAAGCAGGGACUCAACAUCAGACUGGACACCACCCUGAUAGACUUCACAGACAUGAAGUGUCAGAGAGGAGAUCUCACCUUCAUCUUCAACGGCAAUGCCAGCGCUGCAGAAUCCUUUGUGGUGAUGGACAACCUGCAGCAAGUCUACCAGAGGAUUCAUCAGCAGGAGUGUGAGAUGGAGACGGAGGAGGAAGUGGACAUCGUGAUGAGCAGUGAUGUGUACUCAGCCACUCUCUCCACCAAGUCCAUCACCUUCUGCAGAGCACAGACUGGUUGGCUCUUCAGAGAGGACAAGACGGAGCGUGUGGGCCAGCUCCUGGCAGACGUGUACAGUGUGAAUGGACUGGUGCUGGAGUCCAGGAAGAGGAGGGAGCAUCUGAGUGAGGAAGACAUCUUGAGGAACAAAGCCAUCAUGGAGAGUCUCAGCAAAGGAGGAAACCUCAGCCAACAAAACUUGGAGCCUGUAAGAAGAUCAUCUUUGACUCCACCUUCUGACAACUUUGUAACCUGGGAACAAUACAUCACUGCUGAAUAUGGAAGCCCCCCUCACCUGGGCAGAGAGCUGCUGUGCAAAGAGAGCAAGAAAAGCUUCAAGGCCUCAGUAGCGAUGAGUCAGGAUUUCCCUCUAAGCAUCGACUCGCUGCUGAAUGUUCUAGAAGUGAUCGCACCCUUCAAGCACUUUAAUAAGCUGAGAGAGUUCGUACAAAUGAAACUUCCCCCUGGCUUUCCUGUCAAACUGGAUAUUCCCGUCUUUCCGACCAUCACGGCGACUGUAACCUUUCAGGAGUUCCGCUACGACACUUUUGAUGAGAACAUUUUCACGGUCCCGAGCGAGUACAAGGAGGACCCUAGUCGCUUCCCUGACCUUUGACCCCUCUGACCACAGGAAGGAUUGUAGAAAAGUAGGCUCACACCAAGCAUGUCACAAUAAUUACUUUGUCUUCAGUCUUAGCACACAAUUGGUACCCUUUUGUUUAGUGCCCUCCUGUUUGGCAUUCUUUUGUUUGGUACCCCACCUGUUUGACACCCCUUUUGUUUGGCGCCCACCUGUUUUGUACCCUCAUGUUUGGCACCCUUCUGUUUGGUACCCCUUAUGUUUGGUGCGCCCUCCUUUUUGGUACCCCUUUUGUUUGGCGCCCUCCUGUUUGGUACCCCUUUUGUUUGGCGCCCACCUGUUUGGCGCCCUCCUGUUUGGUA